AUGGCGGACGUCAUCUGUACUCAUGAUACGGGCAUGAAUACCAUGGCCGCAGUUGCUUCGAAAACUUAUAACGACGUCGAAGUGGUGCGCACUACUUUCCUCAAUCUGCGAAGAUCGGCGUAUAUUCAGAGGCCGGUAGUCGGUCGUCAUGAAGUAUCAGGCAAGCAUGCAGUCACGUGUCAGCUGCGCGCCACCAUCUGGAGUCUUUCCAUUCGACAAGAGCAUGUCAGCAAGCACUAUGGCGACCGUUGCCAUUUCGACCGACGAAUCGAAUUUCACAAUCAUGACCCAGCAACUGAUUCGAUCUCCGUCACCCUCUCGCGCCCGUACCCAACGCUCUUCGCUGUGUGCCGUGAAGCACGUUACGAGGCCGCAAAACUGAUGGGCUGCACAUGGGUACCGGUCAACGGACGCUACAAUAGUCCCACGGAGCCAGCUCACAUCACUCAAUUCGAGAUAUGCAUCAACUUCAAAUUGGACACAAUCAACCUCCGCACUCGCUUUCUCACGCCACCACCACAAGGCUCGCUGACAGUCCGCCCCAACCCACAACAAUAUCGGCUGGACACGCUCGCUCGGUUGCUUGACUCUGACACCCUCCAGAGGAUAGAGCGUAUUGUGAUCAACGCUCAACCGCCAGCAUCUCAACAUAGGCUGGAGAUUGAUGCAUGGUGGAAAGGAGAAGGCCUGGAGAUCUUCUGUCCUGGAAGGCUAAAACGUGUCAUCGUUAUAACGAGAGGAGAUUCGGACCGUGCAUCUAGGGACUAUUCGCAUUGGCUGGAAGUAGCAGUAAGGGAUGGAGUGCAUGACAGGUGGACUGAAAGAGGGGAAACAAAUGAGCCGAAGGUGGAGAUGCUGAAUGCGUGGCGAGAGAUGGUAUUGACUCAAGUUUGA